GCGACAUCCGCCACUUACGGCGGAAGCGGUUUGUGCUGGGAGUUGGAGCGGUACAGGGCUCUUAAGAACGAACGGCUUGGGCGCGGACUGGUAUCCGGGGAGUGUGACUUGCAGGGUCAGCCAUGGAGCCAGAGCAGAUGCUGGAGGGACAGACGCAGGUUGCAGAAAAUCCCCACUCUGAAUAUGGUCUCACAGACAACGUCGAGAGGAUAGUAGAAAAUGAGAAAAUUAACGCAGAAAAGUCAUCAAAACAGAAAGUGGAUCUCCAGUCUUUGCCAACUCGUGCCUAUCUGGAUCAGACAGUUGUGCCUAUCUUAUUACAAGGACUUGCUGUACUUGCAAAGGAAAGACCACCAAAUCCCAUUGAAUUUCUAGCAUCAUAUCUUUUAAAAAACAAGGCACAGUUUGAAGAUCGAAACUGACUUAUUGGGAAGAACAGACAAAUUUGGUUUCUACUGUAGAUUUACAUGAUUAAGAGGCAGCUUUAAUUGCCAUGAUUCCCCCCUCCCCCCCUUUUUGGAAGAAUAAGAACCUUCAGGACAACAGAACUUAUUUCGGAGUUGCAGAAGAAGACAUCAUUUCCCUUAUUGAUUUAAUCACAACUUAUUUAAUAAAUGUGUUCUGUGCAAUUUUUUUUCAGAUUGUCUUUAACUUUGUUUUUAAAGUGACCUUCAAAAUAAACUGUUGAA